CGGAAGCUGUAGGUCUACAUUCGGCUAGUGGCUGACUAUUGGUUCAAUGGAUUUGACAUAUUUAGCAUAUAGCCUAAGUUCCGCACACUCAGUAAACAUCUUAUUGCUUUUUGGGAUUUUUGAAGGUGCCGCGUUUUGAGUGGGGAUCCGUUUGAGCUGGGGGAGGUCUCUGCAGGGAGGAUAACUCAUCUCGUCGUCCGACUGCAGUCAAUAGUGGAGGAAAUAUCGAAAUAAUGCUAGAAUGAUCGGUUUUAUUUUGUUACUAUUACAAUGUGUUUAAGUUUCUAAUGGGCACAAGAAGUGACGGAAUGCAUAAAUAUAAAGCACAUGUGCAUUGAUGACAGGCGUUUAUGGUGAGCUUUUUGGAUUUUUAUCCCUGCAACCUGUCGGAGCGGUGAGGGUGGGGUCUGAUGUUGGAGUCAUGACGCAGGGGUUAUCGGGUACAUUAUUCCUCUCUAUGGCAACAAAGUGAACUGAUCAUAUAGAAAUCGUGUGGGUCAAAAAGGAGUACAUACAAAAAAUUAUGCAAUUCUUGGAUUUAGUGCCAUCCGGCGCGCGCGUGUCAAAGCUUAGGGCUACACACAUGGCAUCUGGUGGACCGUGGAUGUUGGCAGCAGCAGUUGCCACUAGUUGACAUGUCACCCGCGUGUGAGCAUCAAGUGAGCUUUUCAAGAGAGAGACACAGACAAAGAGGUGGACACUGAGAGAGGGAGAGAUAAAAAAGGGGAGAGUGAGGAGAGAGAGUAUCACCAAUCUUCACUUUCCAGCGUUGCCGAAACAAACUAAAUCUCCUACGCCUUGAAGCACUCCAAUGUGCGCGCAUCGUUGGAAACGUCUGUUGACUUUAUUAUCCUUGUUAUUAAUAUUAGUAUGAGGCGCAAUGGCUUGGUUUGACCGCGGGGUUCAAACGCUGCUGGCCACCGCCGGGGCUUUCGCCGCGUUCAGCCUCAUGACCAUCGCCAUAGGGACAGACUACUGGCUGUAUUCGCGCGCGUACAUCUGUAACGCCACCAAUGCCUCUACGGACGACGCCCCAUCGCAGCCCAAAACUAAGAAAGGCGACCUGACCCACUCGGGGCUGUGGAGAAUCUGUUGUAUUGAGGGUAUCAACCAAGGCAGCUGUAACAGGAUCAACCAUUUCCCCGAUGACAACGACUAUGACACGGACAGCUCUGAGUACCUCCUGCGCAUCGUGCGGGCCUCCAGUGUGUUCCCCAUCCUCAGCAAUGUCCUGCUGAUGUUUGGGGGGCUCUGUGUCGGGAUGGGCCACGUCUACAGCAAGCGCAACAACAUCCUCCUCAGCGCAGGCAUCCUGUUCGUUGCUGCAGGUCUGAGCAACAUCAUCGGCAUCAUCGUUUACAUAUCCAGCAAUGCCGGUGACCCCAACGACAGGCGGGAUGAUGACCGCAAGUAUACAUACUCCUACGGCUGGUCCUUCUACUUUGGCGCGCUGUCCUUCAUCGCGGCCGAGGCAGUGGCCGUGCUCGCCAUCAACAUCUAUAUCGAGAAGAACAAGGAGGUGCGCUGGCGAGCACGCCGCGACUUCAUCCGCUUUCUCUCCUCUUCCUCACCAUACUCACGAAUGCCCAGCUCCCACUUCCGCCGGCGUACAUCACGCUCCAGCUCUCGCUCCACAGAGGCGUCGCGAGAGAACUCGCCAGGCACCAACGCCCGCAAGGGGGGCAUGGUGCCGUCUCCCAGCAGGCCACUGGGCGAGCUGUCCAUGUACACUUUGGCCAGGGAUAGUGUUGCCGAGAGCCCCUACAGCCCAGAGCAUGAUGUCGCAGCCACCGCUGCUGAAUUCCUGCAGGUGCAUAACUGUUUCCCCAAUGACCUCAAGGACGGGGGCAACCGCAGGACCACACCGGUGUGAAGCACAGGGUCUCGUCCCGUGGUCUCGUCCCGGGGUCUCGUCCCGGAAUCUCGCCUAUGGGUCUCAUCUCGGGAUCUCGUUCUGUACUCGGGUUCCGAAGCGAUACUGGGGUUACAAAGGGGUUCUCGGUAACAAUUGGGUACUGGGGUUUCCGGAAACUCAGAGGACAGGUAAAAGAAAUGGAGUCCACAAAAGAAAACCAUCGGAGACCAUUCCAUACUUUGAGUUACUUCAGGGUCCAAAGAGAGCAGCAGGUGUGUGGAAAGAUAUCUGUGUAACCAUCAGUUGUAAAUUGAGCUGUUGUCUCUUGUAUUGGCCUUUGUUAUCGUUGUUCCUCUUCUAUUAAGACUGCUUUUAGAGGCUUGUCGCUGCAGGGUUGAGGUGCGGUUAUCUGUGUCUUAGCCAGCGUCGUGUUUGAGAUCAUUGGAUUGUGAUCACACUCCUUUCAAAGAGGGCAUUGGUUACAAACAUUGCUGUUUAUUCUAGAAUUAUUCUUGUUUAUGUGAUUCUUAAAAAAAAGAUUCAACAUUUUUAGUGAGAUCUGAAUGUGCCGUAUUCUACCAGUGUUUUACUAAACAAGGUGCUAGGUUAUCUAUAACAGUGUCUUUGUGUGUGCUCUGUUUCUAUCAAGUGUGGACCUCUCAACUUAAUUUCUGUGUUGUGGGUUAUUAUACCGAGGCGGUUUCCUCUUCAUCAACAUAGUCAUUUAUUCGAGUCCCUACAUGGCGGAUUAACCAAAAUAUACAGUUAUAAUUAUAUAAACUCUUGAGUGUAAUUCAGUGUUUUUGGUAUAAUCUGAGAUCAAUCAAUAUUGAUUGAUUCUUUCAGAGUUGGUGGAGGGGUGGGUAGUUUGGUGGUCCAUGUUUGCAAUGUGUUGAAAGUGGAGAAUCUCUACCACUGAGACCAGAUGUGCAUGUAGGGACAGGUAUAGAAUUACAGCAUUUUAGUAGGUCUGUUACCGAUGGAGAUUAAACACACCAUCACCCCCGCUUUACUUUUGUCAUACGUGCCCAUAAAGGACACAGCAUAAUCUGUGUGUUAGCAAGUCUGGAGUUUGAAAGAGUUAGCAUUCUCAAAAGACUGCGAUGAGAGAGGUUCUGCUGGCUUUGAAUCCCCCAGUAGCCUGAGAAAGAUCAGAGCUUCUGGGCCAACAUGAUAAAAAAUUAAUGUUUGUGUGUCCUAACAAAAAGGAGUGUUUAAGGUAGAAAAGAAAAGAUAUCCCUUUGCGUUUGGAUUUGCCCUUUGGAUGUUAGUUGAGUGAAAAAUAAAAAAAGUGUUCUUGUUGUGAUGUUACAAGUUUCUAUUGGUUAUUUUAUUAGUUAAUAGUUAAUUAUGUGCCCACUCAUAGCAAAUCCAAUAUUUUUGCUCUUGUGGCCAAUAGAUAAAAGGUUAUUUCGUCUGCUUGUUACCGCCAUGUACCCAUAAGAAGAAGAAACACAGCAACAUAUGCAUAUAUCUUCAGACUUAAAAUCAUAAAUUUUUUCCUCUUCAUUUUGUUAAACAAUUUUAAAUGCACAUUUGUGGCAGAAAGACUUAUUUUUUGGUUUUCCUACUGUUUCAAAUAAGCUCAAUUAGGGAAAGGAAACUUUCUAAAUUACAUUUUAAAUAUAUCAUACAUAUAUGAAUAUCCAGGAGACCUAAGAAAAAAUGUAUCCUAGGUAAACUUUAUUAUUUUAUAUGCCAUGCAUGCAGAUACAAUUCAAACAAACGUAAUGCUGUUCUGAACAAUAUCACCUGAUCAUAACUUCAUAACAUGCACUCAUAAUCACCAUUUCAUAUUCAGUUAAAUAAUCGUCUUAGCAUUAAAAUUAAUGCAUUCUGUUAAAGUGAUGAACUGUUAAUAUUAAGGAAAAAUUACUUACAUUCUAACUAAUUGCGCCUUAUAUUAAGAAUUAUUCUAAAGAUAAAUAUUUUUAUUGACAAAGAUAAUGGUUAACUGGACCACAGAAAGUAGUUGAAUGUAAAACCGUAAAGAUGGUGAUUAUGGUAGCAAUGCAGACCACCACUACCUGCAAAAUAAUGCAUAUCAAAAGUUAUUUUCUUCCCUAAUUGUCUUCAAAAUAUCAUGGCUUUACUUGAUAAGUGAAGUCCACAUAUGCCUGUAUAUGAUUGUUUUUUGAAAACUAAAUUAUGGGAUUUUGUUUAUAAUGUGCUUUGGUUAUAACCUUUUACUUUUUUAUGGUGUUUACCUUUUGUAUUCUUGUAAGAUUGCUCACAGUAGGCUAGUACGUUUGGUUUGCAUGCAUAACAUGUUUUUACUAUAAAUAAAAUAUUAA